CCGCAACUUGCAUUAUCGUACAAUAACUCCAGGUAAUAUAAAUCGACGAAGACUCCCCCCUUUUAACCUAAAAGAUAUACUUAUCAUUUUGGGAGUUGGAUUCCCUUCAUGACAAGUUACUGUUACUAAAGUAUUUUUAUGGCAAUUGUCCCAUUUACUACAAGCAUCAUGAGCCAAUCCCAACAACAACAAGAUGACAACAUCGAUAACACCAUUAAAGGAGAUCCUCAUCAUAAUCAUGAGGAUGAUGAUGAUCAUGAACAUGACAUGGUCAUGCCUGGUUUUCGUUUCCAUCCUACUGAGGAAGAACUUGUAGAGUUUUACCUUCGCCGUAAGGUUGAAGGCAAACGUUUUAAUGUCGAACUCAUCACUUUUCUUGAUCUUUAUCGCUAUGACCCGUGGGAGCUUCCUGCUUUGGCAGCAAUUGGAGAGAAGGAAUGGUAUUUCUAUGUGCCAAGAGAUAGGAAGUACAGAAAUGGGGAUAGGCCUAAUAGGGUCACAACUUCAGGUUAUUGGAAAGCUACUGGAGCUGAUAGAAUGAUUCGAAGUGAAAAUUCGCGGUCGAUUGGCCUGAAAAAGACAUUGGUUUUCUACUCAGGCAAGGCUCCUAAAGGCAUAAGAAGUAGCUGGAUUAUGAAUGAAUAUCGUCUUCCACACCAUGAGACUGAACGCCUACAAAAGGCAGAAAUUUCACUUUGUCGUGUCUAUAAAAGAGCCGGAGUGGAAGACCAUCCAUCUCUCCCACGAUCCCUUCUAACAACAAGGGCGUCAUCAUCUUCUUCUUCAAGAGGAACAACUUCCAUCAAGAAACAACAAGUAGCACAACAAGAUUCGUCAUUAAUCUCUCCAUUGUUUGUAGGACAAUCUUCCCAACAAAUCGACGAAAAAUUAAAUACUGAAACAAGUGCAAGCAGCACUAGCACUGAUCACCAUUACCAUCAUCAUGUUGCUACAUCACUUGGGCUCAAUUCCCUUUCAAAUUCUUACACUAACAUCGCGUUAGACCCCAUGGGGGGCGGUGUCACUUCAGCACUCACAACAUCCACCUUGUCCUUGACACCUUUCACUUCAUUGAUAUCAUCAACAAAUACUAGUGGUGUUAUAGUGGAUGAUUUCCAGAAACUAAUCAACUUAGAGCAGGCCGUCGCGUUUCAUAAUAAUCAGCUCCAUUUUCAUAAUCCCAUUAACCAUCCUGUUGUUGCAGCCCAGCAAUUUUCUCCAUUAUUAUUGCAGCAGCCACAAUUAGCAUCACAACAGCCACAAUCUUUACUGCUUCAAGGGUCGUCGGCUUUUUCGGACAGAUUGUGGGAAUGGAAUAUUAAUCAAACAGAUGCAAACUGCAAAGAUCACUACCAAGCCAAUAAUCCGUUCAAGUAAUCAUUUCAUCACUGAACUGAACAUAUAUAUAUUCAUAUAGAUAUCUUACUAUAUUGUCUACUGAUAUAUUAUUUUAGUUGUUGCAUUAUAAGUGAGGAGCAGUGAUCAAAAUAAUGCAGUGCCUUUGUUAGGGUUUCGGGUAAUUCUUGGUUAGAGUACUAGUAUUAUUUUAAGUACUUGUAAUUUCUCUAGUUACUUUCAGCAGUACUUGAUUAAAUUAGCUGUGAUGAGUUAGCUCUACUUUUCUAAGGAAAAGGUCAAUCCAUCUUCUUAGGGUUUUAAAUUAACUUUUA